AGAAAGCCCAACAAAGCGGUCAGUCUUUUUAAAGCUUUUUCUUGCUGAAAUUUGUGUGUUCUUGUCGAAUAUAUCAAGGUAUCCCAACAUGAAUUUCCAAGAACUCAUGUCAAGAGCAACUCAGAAUUGCAAUAAUACCAUGAAACAGAGAAAAAAAUCAGGCCAUCUCCACAAAGACAAUACUUCACAGGUUUCAAGUUCUGCAGUUCAGGCUUUUCUUGCAAGAAAGCAGCAAGAACAAAAACAGCGACAAGCUGAUGAAGAUGCCGCUCGCCGAGCCCGCAUUGAAGCCAGGAUUGAACAAAACUUAAAACAAAAAAGAGAAUCUAAAAAAGUCAMGCCGUCAGAUGAGUCACCAGUCAGCAACCAAACCUGUCACAAUACAAAUGACCAAGAAAAAACUCAAAAACAACGAGAUACAAGACAUGAAAAAUCAACGACAAAACGAGAAUCACGUUCUUCAACUUUAAAAAGUAAUAAAGAUGAGUCAAGAACAAAACACGGAAAGGAAAAAAACAUCAAUUCUUUAACAAAGACGAGGAAACUGACAAGUAAACCUAAACCAGCUGCACCAAAUUUCAAAGAAUUACUUGAAAUGGCAGAAAGAAAUCGAUUGGGUCUGAACAAACCACAUAAUGAACAUUCAAAAUCUCAUGAACUUUCAAAGUCUGACAAAAAAGCAUUAAAAGAUAGAUUAAAACAAAAUCCAAAGAAAGAAGUACAAGAAAGUCGUGACAAUGGUAAAAAGACAAAAACCAAAGAGUUACCUACAACAAAAGUCACUACAAGUAAAACGUGCAGUGAACAGAGGUCUCUAACAAAAGCAAAUAAAACAAACUAUUCCAGAGAUGAAGCCAACAAUAAACCACGAUUAAAACGACCAAAUCCCUAUACUACACCAUUGCAACAGAGAGGCAGUCAUAAAAGGCAAUACCGCAGUUACCAUGACGAUGAGGAAGAAGAUGAUAUGGACGGGUUCAUUGAUGAUGAGGAGUUGGAUUGUGGUGGAGAUGUAUCGGCUCAUAUCAGGGAAAUAUUUGGAUAUGACCGACGCAGGUUUGCUGAUGAUGACAUGGAUGAUUCUGCCAUGGAAAGCAGUUAUACACAGAUUGAAAGAGAAGAACAAAGAAGCUCCAAAAUUGCAAAGCUUGAAGAUGAAGUUGCAUUUCUCAAGGAACAAGCUGAAUUAAAGCGAGAAAAAGAACGAUUAAUGAAAGCCAGCAAGAAAAAACGAAAAUAAUUUAAAUGAGAUGAAUAUAAAUUUUAUUAUAACAAUUUAUUAUAAAAGUAAUAAUUUAUAGUUAUUUUUGUCAAUGAAUAAACCUAUUUAUGGACUA